AUGUCAUAUAAAUCAUUUUAACAAUGUUUACUUAUGACAUAUAGUGUUGCAUUAGCAACAUUUAGUUUUGCUUAUAAUUCUUAUUUAAUCAAUGGUCCGUUAGAUCAUAUAAGAAUAUGGAUCAAUAUAGAGUCUUCUUUUAAGGAAGGAGCUAUGAUGACUUCAUUUAAUUUUGGUGGAUUGGUUGGAUGCAUAAUUGGAAUUUUAAUAGUAAAAUCUACUUCAAGAAGAUUAAUGUUAUAUUUGAUUGAUGCCCUUUUAAUUAUUGGGACUGCAGGAUUAAAUAUACAAAACUAUUAAACCUUUAUAUUUUUUCGAAUGAUUGCUGGAAUUGGUAGUGGAUUGACAACCCUAGUUACUCCAAUGUUUUUGAAAGAAAUAAUUCCUACACAAAUAUAUGGAGUGUUAGGAGGGUAAAAUCUAGUAUUGUAUAUAUUAAAUAUAUGUAGAUUGUCUCUUGGAACAAUUGUAUAAUCAUUUUGUGCUUUAGGUUUUAAAGAUGUUAAAGGGUAGACUUCUGUUGAUAUGAGUUAUUGGAGAUUUUAUCUUUUGCCUCCUAUUAUUAUAUGUAUUACCAGAAGUCUUUUGUUAAAGUUUUAUUUUCCUUAUGAGUCUCCAAUAUUUUCAAUUUAGAAAGGAAAUGGUAUUAGCUAAUAUUUAAAUUAGUUUAGGCAGCAGAAGAAUUUUUGGAACAUAUAUAUCAAGAUGAGGAUGUAUCAAAAUUAAAAUAAGAUAUUGAAAAUUUAGUAAACAAAAGAAAUGUUGAAAAAACAUUACCAGGAGCAAGAGUAUUUUUAGGAAUUAUGAUUAACAUAUUUUAUUCUAAUUCAGGUAUUACUCCAAUUAUAUCGUAUUCCACUAAAAUAUUUUAAUAAGUUACUACAAUCAAAGUGGCAUAAAUAUUGACAAUAGGGAUGAGUAUUAUUAAAUUCAUCUUCUAUUCAACAGGAGCUUAAUUAACUUAAAAAUUUGGAAGAAGAAUGCCUUUAAUUAUUGGAACAGGAAUUCUAUGUGCUGUUUUAAUCAGUACUGGACUUAGUUCUUCUAUUAAUGAUAAUUAAGAGUAUAAUGAUACAACAUUAAAAUCUAUUGUAGUUGUCUAUAUAGUAAUAGCUAUUUAUUUAUAUUUUGGGGUUUUCUUUAAUACUUUUGGAGCAAUUAUUCCUCUUUAUACACCUGAAAUUCUUUCUGGAAUUUACUUAACUGUGGCUCUAAUCUUUUAAUGGUCAUUCAAUAUUACUAUAACCUUUUUAUUUCCUGUCAUUAGAGAUUCUUUUGGAAUGUGUUAUACAUUUUAUUACUUUGGAAUUAUGAUGGGAGUGGCAACAAUUUAUUUCAUAAUGUUUGUAAAAGAAACCAAAAACUUGGAUGAUAAAGAAAUUGAUGCUUUAUGGUAAAUUAAAACAUCAAAAGUUAGAGAUGAAAAAGAAAAUUUGAUUUAAUGAUU